ACGCAACAAUAAUCACCCAUAUUUUCUUUCUAAAACACCGAAAGAGUUAGCUUAGCACUACCACACGUUACAAUCCGCAUUGACUCUGCCGGCCCGGAAGUGAAUUAUAUUGCCAGCAUGGAGGCGGGUCCAAACAAUGACGUAGUACGUCCCAUUCCCUAUUAUGUCCCGUUCCCAGCGAAAAGUGUACAUCUAAAUUAUGCUGUUAUAUCGUCCCUACCAACGCUGAAACCAAACCUGCGCCCUUGUGUUCAACCAAGUAUUUUAUUCAAAAAAUAAACUGCUAACAAGGAAAUGCACGGGGCAGCGCCAGUGGCGUGAGUCAACCUUCUGAAGACAACAGGAAGUUGUGUAACUGCUAACGAAACCGUUUCUCUCAUAAUAAAAAAAAAAAAAAAAAAAAAAAAAAGUCGAAAAGGAAAGGAAUAUUCAAGCACAUGAUCGUAAUCACGCAUGACAAAAGGCUACCUGACCAAAGGAGCAACCUGUGGGCAAACUUUGGAACUAGCGACUCGCGCCUGAAAGAGAAAACUUACCCUGUCAGCCUUGUCGCGACGUUUCUUCCAGAGCGUGUGAGUGAAGACUAUCUCAACUAGUCGACGGCACGCCGCACCUUGUGUGUGUUGCGUUCAAGGGAGGGGAAGGGAGUCGAAUUUAUCCAACACGGAUAGUACCAGUUCUUGUCUGCUUGCCUUAAUCCUUCAUUAGUAAUGCUGUAAGGAAGUGCGCCGACGCCGCCGAGCCUUGGAAGUGCGUGUCAAGUCAUGAGGGGAAGUUUCCGCGAAGUGCUUGCUUCAUUUAGGGGAGGUUCCGAAAACGAUGACGCCCGAAGCCUCUCUGCCCAGCUGUACCACGUGAUUGCCUCAGUCAGCGCUUUCGAUUUGUCAGCCCGCUACAGGAUAUCAAGGGCGUAGGUUUGGUCUCAACCAGUGGCGUCGUUAGGGGUGUUUGAGGUUGGCUUCAGCCCCCCUAAAAUAUUCUUCGGCCCCCCUAAAUAAUUUGGUGGUGUUUUAUUUAAAAAAAAAAAAAAAAAAAAAAGUUAAAUGCUGACAUAUUCACUAUGUAGUUGCCGGAAUAUUAGUUUAAAUCAUUAAUCAUGUAAUCUGUUAUUAUUAACUUGAGGUGCCUGUGACACGUAAAAGCAUGUUUAUUUCAUAAUAUUUUAUGCUCCUGAAUGAUAUGGACCGCUUGGAUGUGUGUGGAAGCGAUCGCUAUAUUUAUCUAGUUUUUUGAAUCCCGCACCAUGAAAAUGAGUGACUUCCGGCUUCGGUCUUGCAUUGAGGAGGAGGGCGCUGUGACAUGUACGGGUGAAGGCGUCCUCUUCACCAAACAGCCGUACUGUUGUGUAUGAGGACUAAAGAUUCAGCUGAUUUUGCGGAUUAAUACGUUUUUUUUUCGCACCAUGCCAGCAUACCUGUUAAGUUGUAGAAAUUGCAAAUAGGGGGAUUUCUGUUUGCCAACCCCGAUGACGCGCGCGACAAUCGCUAAGACAAAAUGCAACCAUUUUUUUUCAAGUUCAUUUUGAUCACAACACUUGUGUAAAAAUUAACUACACUGUCAAAGAACCUCUUUGUGGCGGCAUCAGAGAUGUGAUACUGCUAUGUUGCCUGUGUCAUGCCAGUUCUCCUUGUUCCUGUAAUCAACAUCUAGGAUAUCCUCAGCUUUCCUGAUCACAUCCAUUUGCACAAAUUUGGACAUCAGCUUCCUCAGCAGCCUCUUCAUCUCAUCAACCAUCACUCCAAUUAGGGUUUCGUCAGACUAAAUCAGCAACAUUAAUUACAUCAUUUAGAAAAUUAAUCAUAUUUGUUUUUAAAAGUAUCUUUGUCAUGGCAGUUUUUUAAUUGAAUUGUAACCUAGAAUUGAAACUUUAUAUUUUUUGUUUCAGCACAGUAAUAAUGAUAUAAUGUAAUAAAGUGUAUAGUAUACACUUUAGCUUUAGCAUAAUAGCGAAUCUAAAUGAUUAAACUUCAAGUAAGUAACGAUACGCUUUCUCACUUAAAUUCAUAUAUUGUGGGGGUAGGACCGCAGUGGUUUAAUAUUCCAUGAUGUUUGAUCCACGAAAACACAGAGUAAAGCAGCGACUUCUUCCUCGUCAUCGUUCUCCCAUCAUUAGCUCUAAUGCUAUUAGCAUUAUGCCUACUGCCCCGAGUUAGCUGGGAUAGGCUCCAGCACCUCCGCGACCCUCGUGAGGAAUAAGCGGCAUGGAAAAUGAAUGAAUGAAUGAAUGCUAUUAGCAUUAGGCUAGUUAGCUAUCGCUGGCAGGUAAGACUUACGGCAAUUACGUUGACGAACGUCGUUUUUCCCGAAUACUGGAGGCCGACCAGGGUCAGCUCCAUCUCUUCCUUCCAAAAUAAAGACUUGAAUCAGUCUAAAAGCCGGUUUAUUAGUGCCAGCAUCUUGGGAAGUCGGAGGUGCUUCGUCUCUUCCCUCCCUGUCAGAUGUUUGGUUGGGCUAUUCCAGCUCUGAAGGGCAGGGAGGGCAGGGAAGUCGGAGACGGCCAGGCUAUUCGUUGUUGGUCACUUUCCGAAUCGGGCCGAAUGGUAUCGUUACAAAACGGUGACAAACAAAAACGUUUAAAAAAAAAAAAAAAUUGACAUUUUUGGAAAAUCGGGAGAUUUGGCUUUCUAAUUGUGAGGCGUGAGCAUUGGGGUCAAAAUCGGGAGUCUCCCGACCAAAUCGUGAAACUUAACAGGUCUGCGCCAGUUGAACGGCUGCAGAAAAAUCUUGCUGUAUGAGGGAGAGGCGUGUGCGCCUUUUUGGAGUUGGCCAAAACAAGCCCUACUACUGUGGGACCAUUGGACUUACGAGGAAGUGAGUAAACGUCUUGUUUUGUAUUAUGUCAAAUACGAAUACAGCGAUUACAAAGUAAACACCACAAACUUUAUUUAAAUAAAGGACUACUUACGUUUGAUCAUUGAUAGGCAUGUAAAAAGCUCACCUCAUGCACAUUACCAGCACGUUAGCUGCACAACUGCAGCCACCCUCCUCCGGGGAACGAACUGUAAAUUGCUCUCCGACGGGCGGUUUGCCGAUCCACGAAGACAGUCGACAACCCAGUCGUCAUGUCAAAUAAUCCAGAUUAGUUAUGUGUGAUUUUCCGCUUCGAAGACUUUGAAACAUCACUCGGUUCGGGUUAGCAUGUCGGCUAGCUGUCACACCUCUUGCCUUGUUUACAUUCUCCGAAGCCGGGGAAGGGAAAUGACAUAAGCCCGAUUUAGUUGUCAUAAAAUAUCGUUCGGGAGGUGCGACAGUAAAGGUGAAGUCGACAGUUUUGACCAUUAUGGAGUAAUUUUGCCAUGUCGUCCUGAAUAAGGGCAUUUUUAUUAUUUCAUAUUCCAUUUCGCACAAGACUGUUAUUUGUCAUGACCAUGCCAUGUAUUUAACAAUUGGGGAAAAAUACUUGGGUAAAAAGAAUAUCCUGUAAAAAUAUUGAAGUAGAGAGACUGAAACAAUGACAUUUUGUGGCUCUCUUCAUCGCGUUUUCCUUGUUGUGGAUAAUUCCCCCUCAAUGGGCUGCAUACUAAAGCAGAUGAAAUCGUGACUCCGCUGACGUCAUCCACCAGUUGGAGACGCUAGAGCCCUAUAACGGUAGGCAUGGCUAACCGGCAGAUUAAAAGACUAAUUUCUCGUCAUCUGCGCUUUGCUAAAUUGUUGUAUAUGGUCGAAUCGUCUCAAAAUAUGAUUCUAAUUCAUAUAAUAAUCUUAUUUAAGACUUUUUUUUUCUCCUGUCAUACACACUUUAAUCCUUCAUUAGUAAUGCUGUAAGGAGCUGCGCCGAGCCUUCGAAGUGCGUGUCAAGUCAUGAAGGGAAGUUUCUGCGAAGUGCUUGCUUUAUUUAGGGGAGGUUCCUAAAACGAUGACGUCCGAAGCCCCGCUGUACCACUUGAUUGCCUCAGUGAGCGCUUUCGGUUUGACAGCUCGCUACAGGAUAUCAAGGGCGUAGGUUUUCCUUGCCGACAUGGAGGGUCUAAGGAUGGGGGAUACCCAGGACUUGAACUUUAUUUAUUCAUCUUUGUUGCCUCAUUUACUGUUUCUGAUUGUGUAUCAUAUUGCCUCUGCAAAAGCCUUUGAGACAACGUUGUUGUGAUCCAGGGCUAUACAAAUAAAAUUGAAUUGAAUUGAAUUACUGAUUAUGCCUCAAAAAAGUAAUCUAGUUAUUUUAGUAAUUACUUCAGCAUCAAAGUAACAAAGUAACCAAGGGCACUUUGACAGUGGGCAGUCGUAGCCGGGAAUCCAACCACUGACCCUUCGGUCCAAGGACAACUCCAGCUAGCAACUGCGCCACGGCCGGCCGAACAAAAUAAUGUCAUCGCAUGGAACUGAUUUACCGAUAUGUGAAUUUAAAGUGGGAGAUCAGAUUUUUUUGACGUAAGGCUUAAUCUUUGAGUUUGCGGAGGUUUAAUUAAUCGAUGGAGUUGAUUUCACCACCAUUGAUUUGCGCUAGUUUAGCCACUCCGGAGCCCUGAAACUAACAAAUUACUGACCAACUGCAUGGAUUUGUUGAAAUCAACUCCACCGACUAAUUCAACCGACGCCAACUGGAAGAUUAAGCCUUAUCUAAGAAUUUCGGGUUUAGGGUUAUCAGCAUAUCAGUGCCAAUGUAAAACAAUGCAAACUGACUGCAAAAUAAUCAACUACACACAUAUGAAUUGCACAGUCCAAUAAACACAAAGAUGGGGGCGGGAGCGGAUGCGCGUGCACAACCCGGAAGUAGGCCGUAAACACACGCAGUCAAUGUGGACACAAAACAUGGCGGCAACUGAGCACUUUACACUCAAUCGGACUGACAACAAAUCCCAAAGAUGCAAAACAAACACGUCACCUCACGGCAUAAAUGUGCAACAUGAAUAUCAUGCAAACAAUGCUUGCCAACUUGGUGCGAUGACUGCCAGUCGUUGCAACGAAAGCUACGGAACGGCCGCGCAUUAAGGGGGUCCAAACUAUCGCUGAUACCCUCGAGAAUGAAGGAAAAAUACUCACAUUCAUUCGUGGAUGUACACAGAUCAACAUUCCCUCGCACAUCUCAACACACGGCGCAAAUGUGCAGCCGCACUGGCAGCCUGGCCCGCGCCCAGUGUUGGGAAAGUUCAUUUUCUACAUGAACUAGUUCAAAUUGCAGUUCACAAAUUUUAAAAUGAACUGUUCACUUCAUAGUUCAUAAUUCAAAAUUUUGAACUAAAGUUCAUGGUUCCAAAAAAUGAACUUUUGUAGUUCAGUUCUUUUUGUUCGCCAAAAAUUGUUGCAAGCUAUUAUUGGCAGUGUCCAUAUAGAACCACAGACAGUAAUUCAUGUAUCCUUUUAAACACUGAAACUAUGUGUUAGAUUCAUCUUCAUAUUCAAUUUCAAAUCCUUGUCCAACCAGGGUUUACACUAUUACACUACACAUAUGUUUUCUUUAAAUUUCCUGUUUAGCAGUAUCUGGACUUUUUUUCUGGUCGGCACCUUCGGGAUGGCUGCAACCCUUUAAUUUGGUUUAUGAAAGCUGGCCUUUCCACUUUACUCAAAGGCUGUAGGUCUCCCACAAUAUACUGCAGAACUAGAUUGUCUAGCUGUGGCUGGGAGAGACAGAAAACGGGGCCACUCUGGUAUGCUGCUAGCGGUAUUUGGGUGGCAGAGGUACUGCUCUGGCCAACCGUUGCCGUCUCUUUCUUAAUCGCACAUGCUCGCAGUCGCAGAUACCUAGCAAGGCUUGUCGCAUGCUUUAUUUCGAUGAGCCUUUUAAGGUUGGCUAAAGACGUUACCGACGUACGGACGGUCUUCUUCAAUCCAGGUGGACAAAGUUUACAAGUAAACGUUAUGUUUUUGCCAUCCGGGUCGGUACUGACUUUUUCGUAAAUCUCUUUUAAAUGCUGGUACUGUGUAGGAAGUUGCUCUGAGCGGGCCGGGUUUCGAGAGCUGCCAGCUUCUGUGUCCAUGAUGCCGUUGUUGUGAUGACGUAUUUGCUUAAACAAUACGGCCGUGACAGGCUGCUUGGGUUGCCAGGUUGGAUAAUUUUUUCGCUAUUAAGGUUCAUUUUUUUAUUCUGUGUUUUUAGCCUAUGGCUUUAUAUGCAGUUUUGUCGGUAAGGCUCUAAAUGUGAUGAACUAAUGAACGAAGUUAUGAGCACCGCUCACAACCGCUAGAAUGAGCGCGUUCACAGUAACGUUCAUGAGACGGAAAUAUGAUGAGUUCAAUUCACGUUCGCCCAAAAUAUGAACGUGUUCAUGAACGAUCGUUCAUUGAACGCGUUCACGCACAACACUGCCCGCGCCUUUCUCAGUCCCGACUCCCAAAACAAUUAGCGCGUGCGACUCGAGACCAAAACAGGAAGCCGUUAGAGCGGUUACCAUGGAAGCACAUACCGGGGACGUUUGGAGCAUUUUCUAUUCAAAAUGCUUUUUAGACAUGACUACAAUUUUCUUCAUUCUACAUGCAUUGUGCGGCAAUAACAAAAUAGUAACGCACAGACACUAAGGAAACUAACUUGAAUCAGAUUACUGGUUUAGAAAAAUGAACGCGUUUGAUUACUCGUUACUGAAAAAAAGUAAUCAGUAACGCGUUACUUACUAAGGCGUUACUGAUAACAGUAGAGCCCCUUCAGUGCUUCGCUGUCCAAUCCACUUGUUCAAAUAAAGAACGCCCACAUCUCUGAAAAUCCAGUUCGCAUUUUCCUGUGACCUAACUAGCAGUAGGUACUACCUUUUUAUUUUUUCCGCAGUUGAUCUCUGCGCACGUCUUUUACCUUUGGUGUUUUCCGAUCAAAAGUCACAUCCCAGCUGUAAAAUAACGCUGAUACUUAGCUGCUGCUGCUCGCUAGUUAGUCUAAAAUGCUAGUAGAGUUAAGUGUGCACUCUUGUUACCACUAUCUUUGGGGUGACUUCCUUCGGGAGAAUCAGCUUUGUUUCUCACUUUACGCAGAUUAGUACAGGAGCUGAGCUCAUUCACGUAUGAUUAUCAUCAGUGGAUAGUCAUAAUUAUACACUAAUAAUAAUCACUCCACUACCUAUAUUGCACUCCAGCAGUCAGAGCAGAGGAAUAAAAGGUGAGUAGGAGAGUAAUGAUUAGAAAGUAGAGAAAGCCAAGACGAUGAUUAUAUACAGCAUUAAUACCCCCCAACUCUCGGACAACUUUUUUACAUACAGGUUGUGGCGUCCAGGUGGGUAUAACUAAUUGAAAAUAAUGUAGCCUAAUGUUUUUCUGCUGAGUGUGUAUGAUCACGUGACAGAUUUGUAGAUCCUACAAUAUGUGCUCGUCUGUCAUUGUUCAUUGUAAAUCUUAUCUUCCUUAUUUUUGGAGUGAAACUUUUGAAUUUUACAUACGAAAAUAUUGAGUUAACGUCGACUAAAACUAGAUGAAAUUAGUAUGAGUUUUCGUCAACAAAAACUUGACGAAGACAAACACAUUUUGAAAUGACUAAAUUAUGACUAAGACUAAUCAGUAUUAUCGUCCAAAAGACGAAAACUAAGACUAAAAUUAAAAUGGCUGCCAAAAACAACACUGCUCUGGUGACUUGAAGUUCUGCUCUGAGACCCCCUAUUUGGCCACAUUUCAAAAUGGGCCGGACAAAAGUAUUGGAACCCUCAGCCUAAUACUUGGUAGCACAACCUUUAGGCAAAAUAACUGUGAACAACCGCUUUCGGUAUCCAUCAAUGAGAUUCUCACAAUGCUCUGCUGGAAUUUUAGAUUUUUGGAGCCAACUGCUCCAUGUCUCUGAGAUUUGAAGGGUGCCUUCUCCAAACUGCCAUUUUCAGAUCUCUUCACGGGUGUUCUAUGGGAUUCAGGUCUGGAGUCAUUGCUGGCCACUUUAGAAGUCUCCAGUCCUUUCUCUCAAACCAUUUUCUAGUGCUUUUUGAAGUGUGGUUUCAGGAACGCCACUGGCAGCCAGAGGGUGACAUGUGGCCCCUGUUUCAGAAAAGUCCCAGAAAUGCCACUAGCUCAGAAUACCCAUGUAAGGUCAUGUGCUCCAUUGUUUGACUUCUCUUCAAAGGAAAGAACUGUAAAAAAAACAGGAAAUCCACUCCUCUCGGGGGAAACGCUAUCAUAGCGACUCUACACUCUGUCACUGUUUCCUCCAACUGCAGUUUGUAAUAAAGAAAUCUCAUCAUUGUACCCAGAUUUUCGAUGUCUUGGUUUCGCUGGAUCAUACCGAGGGCAACAUUAUAAAUCAUGUCUCAAAAUAUAAUAAAUUCAGACGGUAAAAAUAUACUCGACGCCCCUGAGCUUUUACUUCCUAUGCAUGCAUGUGUACGCAAACAUGCGCACAGUGGUGUGGGUGUGUCCUAACAAUGCAGGGUCAUUCGAGGACGCAGCGUUUUUUUCUUUUUUGCAAAGAACGCACACGGUGAAGAGACGAUGACAAGGACGAGACGAGAAACUCGCAUACCUGAUCGACGGUCACCUCCCUCCGUGUAUAUAAGUCUUAAAGAUGGCUCUGGACAGCAGACGGAAGGAGCUGCUGUUGAAAACGCUGAUGGAGCUGGGGGAGGACGAAUUCGAGUGCUUCAAGUUCUACACGGACCUGCCUAAAAGCCUGCGUGAAAACACCCGCCGUGUGUACAUUGCUGACCAGCUGGUGAUGAAGCACGGCGAUAACACUCUGCAUGAGACCGUCAAGAUUCUGGAGAAGAUCGGGAACAACAAUUUGGCCCAGGACCUGCGCAGCGACAUGCUGAAAAUAAAAGGCGCCGACUUCUCCGUCAACGAUGACGAUCAGAUUGCCAGAUUGAAGAGGGAGCUCCAAGACAACCUGCGGCGUUUAUACAGCUUUGCUUCCGAGGGCACCACCGAGCGCUGGCAGCAGCAGCCUCUGGCGGAAGUCUACACGGAGCUGGACGUCACCUCCGGGGCAGACGUCAGCCCAGACGGGCGGCACGAGGUCCUUCAAGUGGAGACGUGUGCCGCCGAGGCCAAGGUGUCUAUCCUGCCGUGCGACAUCUUCAAAAACCAUGACGGGAAGCCUCGCCCGAUACGCACGCUGCUCACCUUUGGCUUCGCGGGAAUUGGGAAAACCUUCCUGAUUCAAAAGUUUGUGUCGGACUGGGCCAAUGGUAGUACUAACCAGGAUGUGGACUUCAUAUUUCCUUUCACCUUCAGCGAGUUAAACAUGGAGAAAGGGGAGAGCUUUACGUUGGCUAAGCUGAUCCAAACUUUUGUCUGUGGAGACAGGCACAUGAGCGAGACACUGAACAAUAUAUUUGUCAACCUGCAAACUUCUGGGAAGCGGGACUUUGAAAGCAGCCGAAUCAAGAUCUUGUUUAUCCUCGACGGACUGGAUGAGUGCAACUUCAAAAUUGACUUGAAGAAAGUGAGGAAAGUGGACAUGGACGUGAGGGAAAGCUACCCGCUGGAGGUACUGCUGGCAUAUCUCAUCAAAGGGAACUUGCUUCCCUGCGCCCGGGUUUGGAUUACAACGCGGCCCGGGGCAGCCCACGAUAUCCCUUCCGACCUCAUAGACAGCCGAACAGAGGUUAGAGGAUUCAGCGAUUCCCGGAAGUUGGAGUACUUCAGGAAAAGGUUCCCAAAUGAGGAGCGCGUCAUUGAGCACAUUCGGAAAUCUCGCACCAUCUUCAUCAUGUGCCACAUUCCCAUCUUCUGCUGGCUCACCGCCAUAGUUCUUAAGGGUACUUUGGACAAAGGGAAGAAGGGAGAGCUUCCCACAACGCUGACUUACAUGUACUCAGCGCUUAUAGGUCACCUCCUAGAAAACUCCAAGGAGACAAAUACAACGGAGUACGUUUGUGGCGUGAAAGCGCUAGCAAAGCUGGCCUUUGACCACACCAUCAAUCAGCGUCAGAUCUUCGAUGAAAAGGACCUAGAGGACAGCGGUUUUGAUUACAGCCAAGCCGCUAAAUACUCCGGUUUGUUCACCGAGGUGUUAAGGGAGGUCCAUCCGCUCAGAAGCAACAAAAAAAAGAUGUUUCAGUUUAUCCACCUGACCAUCCAGGAGUAUCUGGCCGCACUAUACGUGAUGAUGAGCCUCUUCCACGACAACAAGAACGUACUGAAUGAUUCAGAAUGGAAAAAAAUAAACCAGAAGGCAAUCACUGAGGUCCAGCAGUCGGCUCUGGAGAAAGCCUCAGAGAGUGAAGGAAACCUGGACAUGUUCCUCCGCUUCCUCCUUGGCCUUUCCUUACCGUGCAACCAGGAACUAGUGGGGGAACUGCUGAAGGCUCCUCAGGACUGCGAGCAAAGCAAGUCAAAGACAGUCGAUUUGAUCACGGAAAGGAUCGAACAGAACACUCCAGAGAAGAAUGUCAACUUAUUCUACUGCCUAAACGAGCUGAAGGACGAAUCCUUGCUGAAGCGGAUCCAGAAGGAACUAGAUUCAGGACGACAUCUGUCCUGGUAUCAAAUGUCAAAUGACAUGUGGUCGGCCCUGGCCUUUUUCUUACUUACAGACGACGAAACCAUGAAGUCCUUUCAUCUUUCCCGCUACUCUCCAGGGCCUUCGGGGCUUGAGAAGCUGCUGUUGGUUAUCAAGGCUUCUCAAAAAUCAGAUCUAAGUUUAUGUAACCUAGACAAAGGCAGCUGUCAUCUGCUGGCUUCCGUUCUCAGUUCUCCAUCCAACCUGAGGCAUCUGAAUCUGGGCUUGAACCAUCUGUCGGACGAGGGGGUGGAGAUCCUCUCGAAAGGACUGGCCAGCCAACACUGCAACUUAGAAGUCCUCAACCUGUCCGACUGUGGGAUCACCAGUAAAGGAUGUGUUUCAUUGGCCAAGGCUCUCAAGUUAAACCCCUCCCAUCUUCAAGAGCUGGACCUGAGCUGGAACAAACUGUCGUAUGAAGGGGUUGAGAUCCUCUCGGAAGGACUGGACAGCCCACUCUACAUCUUAAAAGUCCUCAGUCUAUUUGAUUGUGACCUGGACAUUGGCAGCUGUCACCUGUUGGCUACUGUUCUCAGUUCUCCAUCCAACCUGAGGCAUCUGGACCUGUACUCCAAUGAUCUAUCGGACAAGGGGGUGGAGAUCCUCUCGAAAGGACUGGCCAGCCAACACUGCAACUUAGAAGUCCUCAACCUGUCCCGAUGUGGGAUCACCAGAAAAGGAUGUGUUUCAUUGGCGGAAGCUCUCAAGUUAAACCCCUCUCAUCUUCAAGAGCUGGACCUGAGAACGAACCAGCUGUCUGACAAGGGGGUCGAGAUCCUAUCGAAAGGACUGGCCAGCAAACACUGCAUCUUAAAAGUCCUCAAGCUGUCCGACUGCGGGAUCACCAGUAAAGGAUGUGUUUCAUUGGCUGAGGCUCUCAAGUUAACCUCCUCCCAUCUUCAAGAGCUGUCCCUGAGCAAGAACGAGCUGUCUGACGAGGGGGUCGAGAUCCUAUCGAAAGGACUGGCCAGCAAACACUGCAUCUUAAAAGUCCUCAAGCUGUCCGACUGCGGGAUCACCAGUAAAGGAUGUGUUUCAUUGGCUGAGGCUCUCAAGUUGAACCCCUCCCAUCUUCAGGACCUGUACCUUUCCAAGAACAAUCUAUCGGACGAGGGGGUUGAGAUCCUCUCGAAAGGACUGGCCAGCCCACACUGCAUCUUAAAAGUUCUGAAGCUGUCAGAGUGCGAGAUCACGAAGAAAGGAUGUGCUUCAUUGGCCGAGGCUCUCAAGUUAAACCCCUCCCAUCUUCAAGAGUUAUUUCUCAUCAACUAUCAAAUAGAGGAAGAAGACGAGAGGGUCUUAUUGAAGAUCAAGAAGGAUCCCAACUAUAGCCUGAAGACUGUCAAAUUUAACAAAUGGGAAUAAGAACGUUUUGUCCUUUGCAUCACGAAGGGCAAGUCAUUCCAAUUAUCCAUUUGUCCUGGGAGGGUCUGUCCAAAAGGAUUGGACUUUGAGCACCAUCAAUGGCAGCCAAUGAGUUCAAUAAGUACCCUUUAAAGGGUUAACUUAAAUUUUUCACAAAUUUAAAAGAAAAUGUCAUAUGUAGACUUGAAAUAGUUUUGCUCAUUUUGACAUCAAUGUUUUAAAUUUGAUCAUUUUCACUUUGUGUAAAAUGUUGUUUUGUAUGACAACAUUAAAGGGGAUGUAGUGCCCUGGGAAAAUUUUGAUAUUCCAUCAUUUAUCCAUAAACGCAUGCCUUUUGUAUUCAUAUCAUGCCACUUCGUGUAAUUACACACAAGAAAAUGAGAGAAAUUUGGCUCGAUUGUCAAGCUAAAACGACCGGCGCCCGAGAUCUGGCAGAUAAUUUCGUUUCUAGUUUCAGCGUCGAAUCCGACGUAGAAGGACAUAACGAAUGUUCAUCUAAUGGUGACGAGGAGAGUUACAAAGCUUUAAUCGGUGUUAUAGGUGACCAAUUUGAGCCCAAACGAACGCCAAUGCAGCGUAAUGAAACGGUCAUUGAGGGGAGCAAUGACACUGAUGAAACAUCGGCAGCAGAUCGUGUGGGAAACACCAAUGAUUUGUUUAGCAUUUCUUUUUGUGAAGCUGAUACACCGUGACUGCAAAAUAAAGGAAUGCAUAGAAUAAUUAUCAUUUAUUGCGCUAUCAUAGCUUUUCGCUCUGCCAACAGACACAAAUAUGAACGGGAUCAGAGGAUUUGUUCUAUAUAUUUUACGAACGAUAAUUUAUACAUGUGUCGAGUCCUGUAUCCAAUGCGUGACAUUUUUUUUUUUUUAAAUUAUAAAAGAGUACUCACUCUGGCCAUUUCGAGCUUGGCUGCUCCCUCCUUUGCUUAGCUUUAGCCUCCUUUAGCAGUCAUCGUCUCUGUCUUGAUAUCUCGGGACAUUUAGGUGGCUGUGCCUGUAUGGUCGGCACCGCAUCUCCUUUGAGCAGCAAUCUUUUAGCAAAACCCGAUUUCUCUUGUCCAUAGUUCGAGAAGCUUUCAGUUGGAAAAUGCGCACCACAGAAAAGCGUGCCGGAGGCUGUGUCUAGAAAAUUAGCCCUCUUUGCACGGACGAACUUUACCCAUUUUCUGUGUAGUCCAGCUUUUUUUUUUCGCGUUCAGGAACUCAUGGAUACUAUAUUCCGAUAAAUAACUAUUUGUACACCACAUAGCACAGCAGUUUUGAACCAUUGUUGUGAUGUUUUGGUCAAACAAACCCUAACGCUACUCUCUCGUCGUUAAAAAACAAUGGCACCUAGCUCCGCCUCGACUUUCAAUCACUUGUCUUGACGUCGCCGCCCCAUUCGGCUGUUUCCGGAACACUUUCGGUAAUGUUCGUCAUUUUCGAUCUAUUUUCGAUCAUUGCUCAUUAAUGUGAUUGAUUUUUUUGUUAACUUUAUCAAUAUUUGUUAUCUUGGCGCAUAACGGUUCUAUUGAUGUCUCACACCCCCUUGCCGCAACAUCCCCUUUAAAACUAGGCUUGCCACCCGUCCCUUGAAAUACGGAAUCGUUCCAUAAUUAGGAAUCAAAAGUUGUGUUCCGUACUGAACUAAUACGGAAUGCUGUUUAUUCCGUAUUUCUCAGUUGUCCCAUGGGGCAACCCCGCGGAUCCAGCGGCGCGGAGGGGCGGGUGGCAGUGCCCUAGCUCAUCCACGUCAGUCUCACACACACACACACACACACACACACCCGCGCUCACAAGUGAACACUGAACCAACAAUAAUGAACUAAAUAAAGUGCAGGAAAUAUUAAAGAGAGCAAAAUAUGUUAUCUGCCUGUUGUCUGCACUGCGCUCCACUUCCGGGUUUGUUGCCUAGUUACCUCGCUCGCUCUGGUCAGUGUACCGCCCCGCACGUUUUAAAAACAAAUAUGUCUAAACAGCUGACACUCACGACAGCCCACAUCGUCCUCAAAAGAGGAAACAUCUCCAAAAAGAAUAGACUGGAGUGGGAAGGGGGUAACCCGUGGCUCGAUAGUCACUGAUGAUGAUUAUAAACAGGGGUGCACAUAUUUUUUUUGCCCAGGUUCUCAGAGGAGGACCUGGAGAUGUGACUUGGUCCUCAUUGAGCUUGAGAGCCGACCCGCCUGAUGCGAUAAAAUUAUGACAAGCUUUACUUAGAGCCAAUUACCUUUAAUUAAUUAUAUAAACAAUUAACGCUUGAUUAACAUCAACUGGCACAACAAAAUUGCCAUUACUUUGAAGUGAAAUGUAAAGUAAUAAACAUAAAAGCACUCAUUCAAAAUAAAGGGCAUUCAUAUGCGGCUCUCACAUUAACUCCAAGCCUUUGUAAAAGUGGGAUGUCCUCCUCAUAAGAGCUCAUUGAACGUGCAUGUUUAGCUUUGUGAAAUGCGAGCAAAAACACGUUUGUCAGCGCAUGGCGCUGUUCUACAAUAACUUUAUUCCGCCACUUGUCCAUAGGGCGAGUGGGGUCCUGUCUGACAUCGAUAGUUUGAUUAAUUGCCACAUGCUUUGUUUUUUUCGUGCUUUUCAAAGUUUGGAUGGCUAAAAUUCUUUGACCCUACAUAAAAUGCGCUGCUCUUAUUAGCGACAUUGGGAUUCUCACGGCAAAUGUUGCACCACAUUUCCGUGCGAGCAUCAUUUGCUUCUAGCCAUGGUACCUCCUGCAGCCACUUUUCAGCAAAAGUCCUUUUUUUCGGUAGCUCCGGUGAUGUCUCUGUCGUCUGUCUGUCUUUUGACGGGGUGGGGAACACGGAAAUAAUUACUCAGUGGGGCCCGCCUCUUUGACAUUUUGAGAAGUCAUUUUCUCGUGUCCGCCGCAAAUACAGUGGUCAGCUAGGCCUGUCGCGAUAACAAAUAUUAGUGUGCGAUAAUUAUUCUCAUAAAGUAUUGCGAUAUGCGAUAUUAUUGCGCCCCCCCAAUUUUUUUUUUCAACCAAUUUACAAUAACACAGUGAGAAUACAGUAUACAUUCAUAGAUAAAUUCAAAAAUACUUUUUAAGAAAUCACAACUAAAAACAAUAGACCAUGCCUCUUAAGUAAAAAAAGACAACAAUAUUGAUACCGCACAGCACCACAGAAUAAAUAAAAUGUGUUAAAAAAAAAAAAAAUUAAAAAAAAAGAGAGAGGAAAAAAAAUUGCACUUAAUAACUUAAGCAUUUAGGCAAAUGAAAACUUUUCCCCGUCAUAACUUCUGCAAUGGUGUUCCAUAGGGAUGCAACAUACAGUUAAGUCACGGUUCGGUACGAUUUUUGAUACGGGGUCACGAUUUUCGAUCCGAUUCAAUACAUUUAAUGCUCUGUAAAAAAAAACCCAAAAAAAACCAAUUUUUUGUUUCGUUUUUUUUUUUUUUUUUUUUUUUGCUAGCGAGCAAAAAUUAAAUUGCCAUCAUAUAAACAUGUAUUUUAGUGCAUAAUAUUUACUGUAUGUGCUUACUUCUUACUGAUCUGAAAAAUGUUUGUACAAAAGAGCUGAGAACAAUCUUUACAGUUGGUAAAGUGAGGCAAGGCACACUGUUGAUUGCUACAGCUUUCUUAACAGCUAAGUUUACUACAUGAGCAAGACAUCCUAUUUGUUGUCCUAAUCCAUCUGUGUCACGCACUGAAAUAACAAUAUUUGCAACAUUAUCUAUAGUCACUGGUAUGGAAUGAUUUGGCCUUCUUAACUUCCAUUCAGUCAUGUCAGUUUAGAAUUCAUCGAUGUACUAUAUUGACUACGUAACCCAUAAUCAAUCUGUGCUCACAUAGCCAAUGGCAUGGGAUGUAGCACAUCUAGUGUGCCAUUUCAUGAUAUCUAGUGUGUGCGCGCAUUAAAAAAGUUAACAAGCGCCGCUGAAGUCACGUCUGCUCAUUACUACACAACACCAGCAUAUGACACAGCGCUCUUAAUUUCAUUCAGCUGUUUAUUGUCAAAGCGAGGUUGUUCGUAGCAGCCUAGUCUGUAACAAUGUUUUGGCGGACUUCGUUGUAAAUAUCCGGCGUUGUGCCGAAAAACAGCCACCCGCGUGAAAUGUCACUCCUGACGGGAGCGCCCACACGUCAACGACACCGGCGCGCUGUAGAUGGUCCACAGCAGAGGUUGCGCUAGACUUUUUCGUUGUCUGUCAUUUUGACUGACGGUCAUAAAAAUCCGGUCAUAAUCUAUUUUUACCAGUCACUUAAAUUUUUAAAAUGAUGAUAAUGACAUUGUGGUGACCCUUUGUUUGGCAUAAUUCACCUUCCGUACUUGUGUGUCCAUUUGGCCGAGCGCGUUAGCGGCUACGACACAGUCACAUGACAGAGACAUUUAAGAGCCGCGCGCGUUCCGGCGUGAAUAGAGAGUUCACAGAGAGCAGCAGAGCUACAGCGGUUGGACACAGCAAUUCGAGCUAACAAGACUCUUAACAUUGUGUACCGCUUCAACAGUAUUUAGUAGUGAUGGCCAAAUGAAGCCUCAUGAAGCAAUGAAGCUUUGCAGCCAAUCGGUUUGCACAUGUAGCAAAGCCUCAUUGUGCUUCAUUUACUCUAUGGCGCCAUCAAGUGGUCUACUCUACAAGCCCAAGUGGUCAACAUUGUUAAGAAUUCAAUGGUUAUUUUAUUAUGACAAAGAUAUGAAUGUGCUUAUGUUAGUAAUUUAGUAUGUGAACAAAAUACAACAAGUGCUAAGGAUAAUUUGUUAUUCAUUUUUGUUGAGAAAUAAUAGCUUUCCCACAGUGGCUGGCUUUAAACGGUUUCAUUUUUUUGGACAAUAUUUCACCAGCUUUAGAAAAUAUUCUUUCACAAGGCACAGAUGAAGCUGGGGUGCAGAUAAAUGUGAGUGGCAGUUUAUAUAAAUUUGGGUAGGUAUUUUUUUGUGCCUCCCAGUACACCAAUGGAUUGUUCAUUCUGUUGAUGUUUGGUUCAGAUAGGUACACACACUCACAUUUAAAUUAAUGUAGUUCUUCUCCCUUACCUUAUUGAAAGCAAUCAAAUGAAAAUGUUCCCAUACAGGGGAGGGUCGCUUUUUUGCGCAGUUUCCAUCGCAAGCAAAGGACAAGGCUCGAAAAAAGAUUGCACUGGUUGCACUGUUGCGCACAGAUCAUGUAACAAGUACAGGAACCCGAAAUGCACAAAAUGUGAGAUAACAGGCGAUCGCCAUUGCGUUUUGCAACCAAUUUAUACCGUAGUCUGUAGCCUACUAUGUUUGCAACGCGCGCCGAACGUCGGAUCACUUCCGAAGCGUUCAUUAGAUUCAGCCGGCCGGCGAGGCUUCUCACGACAUCAUUUCCGGGUUCUGCCUAAAUGACACGCGCCUCGCUACAAGCUUCGUGGAAACACCCCUCCCAUUACUCGACACAAGCUUCGGAACCUCGGCCCAAUUUCGUCCCAUCACUAGUAUUUAGUUUUCAUUCAAAUUAAUAUUCUGUCCGAACAAGCUUAACAGAGAAUCCACACCGUGCCAUCACACAUCUAGCAGAUGAAUAUGUAACUUUUUCUCCGCAGUGACAAAAACAGCUGACUGUGGCCCAGGUAGGUAUGGAACAAUGAAAUUAAUAGUUCACCUGCUGUGGCCUUAACGCAGUCUUCCUCCUGGUGCGCAUGGACUUGAAUUGCGUGCCCGCUUGUGCAGUCCCUGUUUUUUCACCUCUUUUAUCAACACCAUCGUCGUUUUGGGGCUUUUUGAAGAAACUUCGGACACUCAGUUGCCUUGACAUUUUUCAGAGUAAAGCCAACGACGUCAUGCAUCAAGAGAGACAAUAGCUAAUUAAUAUGCCCACUCGCCACCCUGUGGUCUGGGGUGUGAAUUGCAACCUGUCAAAACGACCGAUGGACUUCAGUUUUUUCCGUCGCCGUUUUAGAAAAUCGGUCAACGACGGAAAAUAUCCGGUUAACGCGACCCCUGGUCCACAGUCACUCCGGAGCACUGAUGCGGCCGGUAUACGUUGAACAAUAGGGUAUAAUGAGAACGAUUGGCUCCGGCGCUAGUUUUUGCCGGACUUGGAACGAAGAUGCAUUUUGCGCAGUUGGUAACGAGGAAUCCGAACUUUUAACAGCACGUCUGCCGCACGCGCGCACGCACGUGCACGCGAGGCGAUAAGUCGCAGCGGAAAAAUUACCGCCUUCAUUUUUAUAUAUCACGCGAUAAAUGGAAUUAUUGCAUAUUGCGACAGGCUUAUGGUCAGCCAUUGGUACGCAAAAGCGUAUGGAAGCCGUUGAGGGCCAGCGCGUUUGUCUAUGUCCGCAUGCGGACCACUUAUGUGCACCCCUGAUUAUAAAGCAAACUGCAAGGCAUGAAGGAAAGCUUUUUCAAUGUCUCACGGAGGUGCGACAGACCUCAACAAACUGAAUAUAAGAUCCCAGAGGAGCCACUUUUAUCACAAUUCCUUGUACCUGUAACAUCCCCUGAGCUUGAUUUGGUAUGUUGUUAUGCUCUUGUAUAUUGAUGACAUACUGUAUAGCCUACCGUAAUCUCCCGGAUAUAACGCACUUUUUUUAAAUCAAAAUUUACUUGCAUGGUUUAGCACAAUAAUACCUAAUCCCAACAACAGUGAUAUGAUAAUCAACUUUCAUGUUGUGAAUAAUUGUUGUCAUGAUAUUUUUCACAACAAAUAAAAUGUUUUUUUUUGUACUAUUCGUCUAUUAUUUACCGGUACAUUUUUCUUGCCUUGUCGUCGCAACAUGCCUGCACACGGCGAUGUUGUCUUGAAGAGAACGUAUACGGCGAUCCGUUUCAUAGGCGUGGCGCAGUUGGUACAGUGGGGCAAAUAAGUAUUUAGUCAGCCACCAAUUGUGCAAGUUCUCCUACUUGAAAAGAUUAGGGAGGCCUGUAUUUGUCAACAUGGGUGAACCUCAACCAUGAGAGACAGAAUGUGGAAAAAUAAAACAGAAAAUCACAUUGUUUGAAUUUUAAAAAGAGUGGGAAAUAAGUAUUUGGUCACCUACAAACAAGCAAAAUUUCUGGCUGUCAAAGAGGUCUAACUUCUAACAAGGUCUAACGAGGCUCCACUUAUUACCUGUCUUAAUGGCACCUGUUUUAACUCAUUAUCAGUAUAAAAGUUACCUGUCCACAAGCUCAGUCAGUCACACUCCAAACUCCACAAUGGUCAAGACCAAAGAGCUGUCAAAGGACACCAGAGACAAAAUUUUAGACCUGCACCAGGCUGGGAAGACUGAAUCUGCAAUAGGUAAAACGCUUGGUGUAAAGAAAUCAACUGAGGGAGCAAUUGUUAGAAAAUGGAAGACAUAAAAGACCACUGAUAAUCUCCCUCCAUCUGGGGCUCCAUGCAAGAUCUCACCCCGUGGCGAUAAAAUGAUAAUGAGAACGGUGAGCAAAAAUCUCAGAACCACAAGGGGCGAUCUAGUGAAUGACCUACAGAGAGCUGGGACCACAGUAACAAAGGCUACUAUCAGUAACACAAUGCGCCGUCAGGGACUCAAAUCCUGCACUGCCAGACGUGUCCCCCUGCCGAAGAAAGUACACGUCCAGGAGGCCCGUCUGCGGUUCGCUAGAGAGCAUUUGGAUGAUCCAGAAGAGGACUGGGAGAAUGUGUUAUGGUCAGAUGAAACCAAAAUAGAACU